AAAUUUGCUUUUGUUAUGUCCUUUAUGGGUCUCAACAUUGAAAGAAUAUGCUAGAGUACAGAUCGAGCCUGAUAUUACUGAUGCUCAAACUAAUGUUAUCGGUACUGGUUCAAUGCAGAAUACCGCACAAACUGAUGUUUUUGAUUCUAUGUACAGUGGACUAACUAGAGAAGUUAUUCUUCCGUAUUACAACAUGUCAUGGCUAACUAUUUUGGGUGCAGUCGCAAGUUUGGCUCAAAAAGAACAUCCAUAUAUUCCAGAAUCAAAAAAAGUACCUACAAAAUUCUUCUUUAUACUCUUCGGACUUUGUGUUGAAGCGUUGUCAAAUACAUUUGGUGGAGGUAGUAGAAACAGCAGUGUUGGAAAUAAUAUCGAAAAUCAAAAGAUUGUUCGUACUUGCAUUGAUGCUCUUAAAGCUUUUUUACGACCGGUAGUUGCAGGAAGCGCAUUUCUUGAUGAAUAUGUUUUUAUAGAGUUAAUUAAUUUAUUUGAUAGAUUGGUACUUACUGAAGGGUUUAAAGUACAAUACGAUAUUAUACAAAUUAUUGGUAAUAUUAUUAAAGAUUUUGGAGUAGCAUAUAUCUGUAAAGAUAUACCAAAAAAAAGCAUGAAAAUAAAUGGACAUGGCGAAGAUGAAGCGGCCGUUGAAUUCCCUGAAACAGAAACAAUACUUUUUCACAUAUUACGAUUAUUGGUCAAUAUAUUUUUCCAAAAAAUUCC